AUGAGGAAUCCUCGGCAGAACUUCGAGGAUAAGCAUGAAAGAAGCCAAAGGCUGCCGAUGAAGGUCGUUCGAGGACGCGAGGUCAUAUUCUCCUGUACCCGAAAAACCUCUGCGAAUUGCGAAAAUGUACUCGUCAAGCGUACUGUCCCAAGUCGUCCCCGCAGAAUCAUGUUAACCAAUUCCAUGGGGCCACAACUCAACCCCUUUAUUGUGACAAUGAUCAUACAGCUGGACAUCUGGAACGCCCUGCCCGGGUGCCGAUCACGCCCGGCGACAACAUCUCGAAGAGUGCUCCUUGACACCGGCGCCGAUUUCAACCUGAUCUCGCAUCGUGCAUUUAGCGAACUCCAUAUGAAGAAAGAACCAAUCUAUGGGUUGGUUCAUUCCAUUGGCGGGUACCGGAAAUUGGCAGGCACUCUGCUUCUUCAUUGGCACUUCAGCAUUCCUGGUGCCUCUGCUGGUAGAUCAUCCAAGCACUGUGCUCCAUUUCAUAUCCUGCAAAGUGGCAAGGAUCCGAACUUUGACUGUAUCAUCGGCCGGCCAUGGAUUGAGGAGAACUGGACGGAAUUUAUCGCGUUGGUCGAGAGCAAUUGGAAAAAUCAAGCAACAGCAAGAAUCAACGCCGAACGUGAAUAA